AUGACUGAAUUCCGAGAUCACUGUCGAAAAAUGUGUAACAAAACACACGGGGGCCUGAUGGCAACUGAUGAGGGGACGUUUUUCCCGUCCUACUUGGGAGCCAUGAAACGUAAGAAAGUCAAGGACCCGCUGUCUGGACGCCUCCGACGUGGGCCACCGUCGUUCCAUCAGUAUCUAAGCAUUGGUUAUGUCAUUCAGGAAAAAGUCUUUGGCACACCAAUUGAACAAAACAUCUCUGGCGAAGCUGGUACUAGCAACUAG